AUGAAAAAAGCAACUGAUGGGAACUAUUGUAAUAAUAUGAACUAUAUUCUUAGAUGAAAAUGAAUACAUAGCUAAUUAGGAGGAUAAAUUACUUGAGAAGAUGAAAAAGAAACAGGUAUGAUAAUGUCUAAAAGAGGAACGAGAAUUGGAGCAAUUAAAAUUAUAUGAGCAAUAAUAAAUUGAAUAACAUAGAAGAAAAUAUACUCUCUUAGAAUCCACUCGUUCAAAAUAGCAAUAAGUAGAAUUAGCCUUAAAGGAGAAGAGAUAAAUGGUGAGUAUAAGCAUUUUAUAAAUCUUCUAGAUAGAAUUGAAGAGAAAAGAAAAGGAGAAAGAAAAAUUGUUUUAGGUGCAAAAGAUGGAAUAAGAUAAAUUAAAAGAAUUGACAGAAAGGGAAAUCAGUAGAGAUUUCAUUAUAUAAGAAUUGCAUAGCAAUAAACAUAGUCAAUAAGGAGCAAUUGUAGAUAAGAUUAAACCAUCUAUUGUAAAAAAGUAAUAGUAUAUUUUAUGUUAGAAUAGCUGAAGGAAUAAUAAAUACAUAAUAGGAAGAAAUAUUAAUAAAGAAAGUUGAGUUGGACAAAAUAAAGAAGGAAUAAGAAGAAUAGAUAUAAGAUUUGAGAGAGAGAAAGGAAUUGUUAUUGAAAGAGUUGAAGUAAGCAAAAAGAAAAUAAUUAAAAAAAGUGAAGCAAAAAAAUGAAGCAGAAUAUAAAGCAUAAUAUGAAGAAAAUAUACAAAAAGUAGAGCAUUAUAAGAAAAAGUUAGAUGAUAUUGAAGUGAAUCAAUAAGUUAAAAUUGAAUUGAUUGAAUAAAAAAAAAAGGAGAAAAUGGAAAAAUUAAAAAAAGUGAUGGUGUAUUUAUUAUCUUGAUUUUUUAGGAAAAUUAUAAAAAAAUAAUGGAUGAAAAGAAAGAAAAAGCUAAAUAAAAAGCUUCACAAUUAAACCAAAAGAUCAAUUAGAUUUCUGAAAGGAUGAAAUCAACAGAAGAUAAAAUGGAGUAAUUAGAAAAAGAAAAGGCAAAACAUAGAUAAAAUGUAAAUUCUAUUAAAUUUUAAGAUUAAAUUUAGAAAUGGGAGUAUUCAAAAUCAUAAAUCAGAAACAUAAAAAGACAAGCUUAAAUAAAAGGAAUAAGAGCAUUUAAAGUCUAUUACAGAAACUCAAUCAAUUUAUACACUCAAAUUGUAAUAAGAAAAACAAAAAAAAGAAGAACUCAUUAGGGAUCACAAAAAGAAGGCUGCGAAAAUAUUAAAAGAGAUGGUGGAAAUUAAAGAAAAAAAGUUAAAAGAGAAAUUGGAAAAAGCAUAAUAAUUUAAAGAUGAAAAGGGAAAAUUGUUCAUUCAAUAUCAGCAACUAGCUAAAGAAAUUGAAAGAAGGAAAUACAUGUUACUUUUAAGCAAUCUUAAAAAUAAUAAUAUAGAAGAUAAAUGA